GUCUCCACACAUAACACGCGUGGUCCUUAGGAAGACUUGACAUAUCGAUUCGCUUAGUCCACUUUUCACCGGAGAAACCAAAAAGAUGAAGGAAGCAGUGCUUAUAUUCAUUCCAUUCCCAAUAAUCGGCCACUUGGUCUCCACCGUAGAAUUUGCAAGGCGCCUAAUCCGUCAAGAUGAUCGGAUCUCCGUCACCGUUCUUUCCUUGAACCCUCCCUUAUAUUUUUCCCUUGAUGCAUACACCAAAUCCAUUUCUGCCCUGGAACCUAGCAUCUGCUUCGUCGACCUUCCUCCGGUGGACCUUCCUUCAUCGGACCAACCAGACGUGGCCCCGGAAGCCUUGGCAUAUUACUACAUCGAGAGCCAAAUACCCCAUGUCAAGAACUUCAUAUCAUCCUUCCCUGUCUCGGGUCCAUCCCGGGUCGUCGGGUUAGUUCUUGAUUUCUUUUGUGCUCCCAUGAUUGAUGUUGGAAAUGAAUUGGACCUUCCUUCCUAUAUGUUCUUUACGUCAAAUGCAGGAUUCUUGGGUUUGAUGUUGCACCUACCGACUAGACAUGAACAGAACAGUGCUGAGUUCGAAAGAACAGAUCCGGUAUCCUUGAUUCCGGGUUUUGUCUCCCCUGUCCCUGUUAGUGUUCUGCCUGUAUGCCUGUUUAACAAGUUUGGAGGUUAUACUGCUUUGGUCAAGCUUGCUCAAAGAUUCAAGGACACCAAAGGGAUUAUAGUUAACACAUUUGAAGAGUUGGAGCUCAACGCAGUAAGAUAUUUUACCAACAGCCAAAUUCAUGGGCAAAACCCGCCAAUCUACCCAGUUGGACCAGUACUUGACCUCAACGGAAAGCCUAACCCUGACAUUAACGUAGCUCAACGUGACAAGGUUAUCGAAUGGCUCAAUGAUCAGCCUCAAGCGUCGGUGGUUUUCCUCUGUUUUGGGACCUUUGGGAGCUUUGGGAGCUUUGAAGCACCCCAAGCGAGGGAAAUAGCGGUUGCACUGGAGCAGAGUGGGUACAGGUUCUUAUGGUCUCUGCGCCUGUCACAACCAGGAGACAAAGAUCCCUCUGGAAAUACCCACUACAAGAAUCCAGAAGAUGUGCUACCGGAAGGAUUCUUGGAGAGGAUAGAAGGGAGAGGGAUGGUAUGCGGGUGGGCGCCGCAAGUGGAGGUGCUAGCUCACAAGGCCAUAGGAGGGUUUGUAUCUCACUGCGGGUGGAACUCGAUUCUAGAGAGCUUGUGGUUUGGAGUUCCGAUUGUGACAUGGCCUAUGUAUGCUGAACAACAACUUAAUGCGUUCGAGAUGGUGAAGGAAUUGGGAUUAGCGGUGGAGAUGAGAUUGGAUUACAGCAUAAAUAGUGGUCUUGUGAAGGCAGAGGAAAUAGAGAAAGCCCUGCAUGGUGUAAUGGAUGGUAGUAGUGAAGUGAGGAAGAAAGUGAAGGCAAUGUCAGUCAUGGCUAAGAAGGCCAUUAAGGAUGGUGGAUCGUCAUUCCUUUCAAUUGCACGUUUUAUAGGGGAUAUGAUGGGAAAAACUGCUGAUAUUUGAUUGCUUUGAAUCUGAUCUUUUCUAAAUUGUUGCUUUCCUCUCAAACAUGAUCUUUUCUAAAUUUGAAGAGGGAAAGAACAAAGAAAAUGAAUGUGUGCUUUUUAAAAAAAAAAAAACAGCUAAAUGAAUAAGUGUGCUAGUUUGCGUUCAUUGCCCUCUCUGCAUUUGUCUUGUACUUGUACCCAACUAUCCAUGUGCGCAAAUUUCAGAUUUUGAUCCCUUUAUUAGAGUCUCUAAUUACUAGCAAGGGAAUUGUCCAUACAAAAAAGUGUUCCACAAUUGGACUAUGUACACAACUCAAACCAUUAAAUGAGUGAACCCUUG